AUGGUUUCAUUAGCCUUCAUCGCCGCUCUAUCGACAUUCGUUGCCAUUGCGUUGGCUAAAGCGAUAGCCGAGCCCAUCACUACUCCGGCUCCUGUUUUCCCGAGACAGAAUUUCGGGCAGGAUAUGAUCGAGUACUAUGCCUAUGGAUCUGGAUACGACAGCGCGCGAUGCAGGAUAGGGUCCACAUGGACGGCUUCAUCGACUUACGGACGAUGUUGUCCAACAAGCUUGACGUGUGCCGAGGAAUAUUUCAUAACAAAGUGCUCUGGAAACACAGCUGUGUUCGGAGACGGAUAUACUUCUUCGUGUUCUGGAAGCUUCAGUGUUUGCAAUACGGACCAGAUUGUCCAGACUUUAAGUGAUGCCAGCCCGACCUUUUGGAUUGGCUAUGACGAUAUGGAUUGGAGACGAACUACUACCAGACGAGGCCAGCAGCUGCUACGGCUCCGGCUCCUGUCACCUGGGUAUCAAAACCUCCUCCGCGCCUCGAGCAAACACCCCAAGGUCAACUACUCCGCUCGUACCACAACAGCCAGUUCUGGUGUACAAUCAGCCCCCGAUGGCUCCGACGCCACAAGGUUACCAGGCGCCUGCUACCGAUCAGCGGUACUCUGCGGCACCGACUUACCAAGCGCAUACCAGCCAUUAGGUGUGCAGUCGCCCGUUGUGUCAAGGAAUUUGACGGAGAAAAACUACUUCCCGCUUGAUAAGACACCGGCAGUUACCACGAGCCAGGUUCCUGGCCCGGGAAGCAACCCGGCCUAUAUUUAUCCGCCGCGUCCCGAGCUGGAAUAG